CCCGACAGGCUCCGCGCGCUUUACGCGCCAGCUUUGGCCUUAGCCUGCGAGCAACGGGGUCGCGACGGACAAUGGAAAGCAGCGACGGGGAAGCCGUCGACAAGCGCCGCGUCCACCUGCGCCCCGUUACGCUGCGCGAUCCCGCCCCAAUCUUGCUGCACCUUCUGCCCUGCGAGGUUCUGGUUAACCGGCCCGCCCCCGUGGGGCUCUUCUUCACCCCGGCCAUCCGCCAGGGUCCCGACGGACUGGAAGUGUCGUUCCGGGGCCGCAGUCUACGCGGCGAGGAGGUGGUGGUGCCGCCCGGUCUCGUGGGAUAUGUGAUGACAGAAGAGAAGGGAGAGGUGUUGCUGGGGAAGCAGGACUUCUCGGAGGGUUUGGAGGAUGACGAGCAAGAGGAGCGGGAACUGGUGGAGCCCCCGGAGGCGCUGGAGCGCGACUUCGACCGCUUUAUUGGAGCCACAGCCAGUUUCAGCAGCUUCACCCUGUGGGGCCUGGAGACUAUCCCCGGUCCCGAUGCCAAAGUGCGUGGGGCCCUGACCUGGCCCAGCCUCGCUGCAGCGAUUCACGCACAGGUACCCGAGGACUGAGAACCAGAGCUUGAAACUGAAAGCCACCGAUCCCUUCACCCCAGUAAACCCUUCUUCACUUUGGAGCCUGAUUCCAUCACCCCAAUAAAGGAGCUCUUCACAGAA